AAUUUUUACAUGGCAAUUUUCUUAUCACCUGUGUCAUAUUAUAUGUAAAUUGUAACAUAGUGAUAGUUCAUUUUUAUUUUUUUAAAUGCUUGUAUAAUUUAUACAAAAGAAGACCACUGGAAACUGAACCACUGAGUAUAUAUGAUUUCUGGUUUGUUUUUAAUAGUUAUCAAAGUAUUAAAUUAAUUAUAAUUUAAAUACAAGCAUGAUACAAUUAUUUAGUGUCACAUGAUAUAGUUUUAUUUUAUAUCGGUAUGAAAGAUAAAACGAUUUUGGUUAAACAAAACCCAAUACUGAAAGUAGUCAUUUUGGGAAAUAGUAAUGUUGGAAAAUCAUGUCUGAUGAACAGGUUUGUAAGUAACAGUUUUAGUGACCAUACACUUCAUACAUUGGGUGUAGAAUUUCUUCAAAAGGAACUCGAUGUCAAUGGAAUUGUAUAUACUUUGCAGAUCUGGGAUACUGCAGGCCAAGAAAGAUUUCGAACACUACGAACACCUUUUUAUAGAGGAACUGACAUUUGUUUGCUAACAUUUGCUGUUGACGAUGUCCAAAGCUUUAAAACUGUAGAUUCGUGGAGAAAAGAAUUCCUACAAUACUCUAGGACAACUGAUGUGAAUUUUCCAUUUCUUGUUGUUGCUACAAAGGUAGACCUGCAAGACCGAGUAGUAUCUAGAGAUGAAGCAGACAGAUGGUGCUCUGAAUAUCUGGGUGCUCCUUAUGUUGAAACUAGUUCUAAGACAGACAUGAAUAUAGAGACUGCAUUUACUUUAGCUGUUGAAGUUUGGGCAUCAACAGAAAGGCCCUCCGAAUUAAAAAUAUCACAUACCAACUCAGUUAAACUAUCUAGACCAAUCAAUGGUAGUGCUGCUUGUCCAACAGCUGAAAUAGUGUCAUCUAAAUGUUGUUAAAAAAAAUAUUAUGCAAAAACUUAGCGCGUUUUGGCAUACAAUUUAAGAUAUAGCAAUACAUAUAUAUUUUUUAUAAAGUUAAUUUUUGAGGUAAAAUAUAAAUACAAUUACAAGAAUAUCA